UGAAUAGACACAAAAUUUUUUAAGUGUACACUGUUACUGUAUCUACAUUUUUUCUUCAUUCCGACGAAAUUUUUAAUAAAUUUAUUUUUUACAGUGCGGUUUGUUUACAAAUAUAAAUAAAAACUCCUGUGCGAAUACUUGAGCAGCUAAUAAACAAACUUUUCAUUUCAUUGAGUUUAGAAAAGUUAUGAAUGAAAAACAAUUUUAUGGUCUGCAAAACGAGGCCCCUGAAUGAAAAUCGGCAAUUUUGAUGCAAAUAAGUGCUAAAAAUGAGUGAAGCUCCAAUGGAAUACAAAAAGGAGACAGACGCUCCCAGCGUCUCAAACACCAUGAUGGUUCAAAUAACAACCGAUAAGACUGGCCCAAAAUUAGUUUGUCCUGUGUGCGAUAAGGCUCUAGUCUCACUCAAUGGUUAUGUAAAGCACAUGAAAAAACACGAGCCCCCUGGUGGUUACUUAUGCAAUUACUGUGAUGAACGUUUUUGUCUUGAAGAUCACCUCAAAAAACAUAAAGACGAAAAACAUAAGGUCCUUGCAUGCCAAAUAUGUCAUGCGACAUUUGAUUCAGCUCAAGAAUAUCGCAUUCACAUUAAUGAAGUUCAUCAAGGAGUCGAUCGGAGAAUGAUCAAAUGUGAAAAAUGUGGCAUGGAAUUCAAAACUGCCCAAGCCGCCAAAAGGCACACGGAAACGCAAUGCGGUCAAAUAAAACCCCAUCCAUGUGAUCAAUGUGAUAUGGCAUUUUAUACGAAAUACAAUCUGGCCGAACACAAAAAGAUUCACACUGGAGAGAAAAAGUUCUGCUGCAGUUAUUGUGGUAAGAGUUUUUUGAGUAACGGACGAUUGGUUAUACACGAGAGGAGUCACACCGGUGAAAAGCCAUAUAAGUGUGAUGUCUGUGGAAAAUGCUUUGCUCAUCGUGAGAGCAUUGUCACCCAUUCUUCAAUACACACCGGUGUUAAAUUGGUUGUUUGUAAGUGCUGUGGCUCAAGAUUCUCUUGCCAUUCGAAUCUUAUCAAACACAGACGAACACGUCCCGAUUCAUGUGGUUUGCCGAUUUAUAACUCCACCAAAGAGACAAAACGAAAUGGAAAUUCAAGAAUUCCUCCUGGAUUGAUGUCUUCUGAAAUAAGAAUUGUUCGAGCAAGCAAAGUCAUAAAACCCAAUGAAGGGCAUAAAAAACCCAAGGCUGCUAAUAUCAAUGAAGGUCAAAAGAAACCAAAAGUUACCAAGUCUAGAGCAAAGGCUAAAAAAGUGAAAUCCGAUUCAGAAACGGAUGAUAGCAAUGAUGAUGAAGUAAUAAUAGAACGACCAAAGCGAAGUACUCGACCAAAAGAACACCUUCCUGCGGAAGAAACUGAUACGAAACCCCCACAAUCACCAUCAAAAGACUUUGAUUCCGAUAAUUAUAGUGAUGAUCCACUAUUUGAUAGUCCAAUGCACUCAGUUGAUUCCUCUGAUAGUGAAAAACCAAUAAUAGUUAAACCAGAGCCAUUGGAGAAAAAUCAAUUUGAAGUGGUAACCGCUCCAGUUAAAACAGAAGAAGAACCCGAAGAUUUUUUCAAUGACCAUGAUAAUAUUUUGGAACAAUUUCUAUCUGAAUCUGCACUUGAUGUGAAAUUUGAGCCUUUGGUCGAUAUUAAAGUCGAAGAAGACAUUAAAAAAGAUGAGUGUUCACUCUUAAAGCCUAUGGAAGAGGUUUUUGAAGAUGCAAAUGAAAAAAAGACUCCAACCAAACGAACUAGGAGAAAAAAAUCAGAUUCUGUUCCUGGAAAUCAAAUUAUUGAAAAAGAAGAACUAGAUCUGGAUGAGUCAGUUCCAAAAAAGAGACGUUCACGUGGAGCGUUGCGGAAAAAACUCAAAUUCUUCAAAAAAGAUCGAGUGUAUGAAUGCAAAUUUUGUGCUAAGGUUUAUCAUAUUAAAAAACCGUACGAGAAACACCUGCGAACAUUGCAUAAACAAACCGAUGAAGAGCUUCGAGAGUUGUUUAAGGACGAAGACAAAGACAUUCCAGAUGAAUAUGUACACCGUUGUCCUAUUUGUUCGAAGAUCUAUCUUAUGGCUAAACGACUGACUACUCACUUGACUUUUCAUGGUCCCGAUGGAAGUCUUAUUCACAAAUGCCCAGGCUAUUGUAAAAUGUAUUUCCGAACAAAAGAAGAAGCCAUGGAUCAUGCUAAGGAAAUGCAUAAGGAAUGUUUUCAUUGUAACAUUUGCGAUAAGUAUUCACAGUCACCAGAUGCCCUAAAAAUUCAUAAACGAACUCAUUUCGAGCAAAGAAGACAAGCCAAUCGCAAUUUGAUUUGUGAUAAGUGUGCCAAGUCUUUUGCAAGUCGGACAUCGCUUAAUGAUCAUACAAGAUCAAAUUGCGGAAAAGAUCCACUCUAUAGGUGUGAGAUUUGUGAUAAGAAAUUCAGCACAGCUGGCAUUUUGAAGACACAUUCUUUGCUUCAUAAGGAUGAGACACCUUAUGCGUGUGAUAAAUGUGGAAAGACAUUUAAAAUUAAAGCACAAUACAAGACGCACAUUAAGAUGAAGCACACUGAUUAUAAACCUUUCAAGUGUGAGCUCUGUCCAAAAGCAUAUCCUUACCGAGAAAGUCUUUUAACACACAUGACUGUUCAUACAGGACUCAAACGUUAUGCAUGCAAUGGAUGCAGCAAGCGAUUCACUUGUAUUUCAAAUCUGCAAGCUCAUCGUAAAGUCUAUGCCGAUACUUGUGGAUUACAGCCGUUAAAUUCAAAGCCAAGCACUUAUUUAGGUGUGCAAAAGGGCAUGCUCCUAAUGGGAACAAAACCUUCUUAUUAGAAAAGACUAAAAUUAAAUUAAUAUAAGAUUUUUGAUUUUCUUAAAAAGAUAAAUGCUUUGCAAUACAAACAAAAAAAUAUUUUAAGUUCAUUUAAAAAUAUAAAAAAGCUAUUAAGUACGAUAUUCAAA